CAUUGCACCCCUGUCAAGUGAGAAUAAGAAUCUGGAGAGCCGCAAAAAGCUCACCCGCCAACUUGAGGGUUUUGUUUGAGCAAUGCACUUCAAUUCAAUUCUGACUGACCUAGAUCCCUGAGGAAAAGGGAACGACAAACGAGCCAGACAACGAAGAUCUUCGUGGUCCAAUCCUUCAAAUCGUCCAGGAGACGGGGCAGAGGGUUUUCUGUGCUUAAGAGAUCGAUUGAUCGAGGUGCUUUCGUCAAUUUUGGACAUUACUCAAAUGUCAAGCGGGAUUCCCCAUUAUCAAAGAAUAGAGCAUUCCAUCAAGAAUUGAUCCAAAAUGGGCUGGGAACUCGUGGUCUCUGUGCAACUCAUAUUCUUGUUCCUUGUGGGCUCCAUAACCUCUCAAUCAGGAGUCAGCAAUUAUGAUAAUGACGAUUAUAGCGGGGAUUAUGAAGGAUCCUCCUCGGGGGAUUACAAUUACUCCUACUCCUACGAAGACUAUUCUACUAACGACAUUGAAAACGGAUUGGAUCGUGACUCAGAUGAGAGUGAAGUCCUCUACGUUCCACAAAUGUUGAGCGAGCCCCUUCAGUUGAAUGUUUCCAUUGGCGAGAAUGUGGAACUGCCAUGUUUUGCUAAGGACUCCAACGAGUUCGUGCGGAUUUGGAUGAAGGGCACGGACUUUCUCUUCACGGGUGGAAUUCAAAGUACAGAUAAUCCUCGUCUCCAUUUACCCAUGGAGACCACCCUUCAAAUAGAAAACGCUCAGCCAGAAGAUGCGGGUGACUACACGUGUAGGAUCAUGCUCAGAGAUGAGAUCCGUGUCACUCAUACGCUACAAGUUAUGGAACACUUUACAGUCUCCCCAAUUCCAUCCAAUGGUUCAUUGGUGGGCUCGGUGGGACAGCCAUUGACCCUGAAAUGCCAAGUGUUGGGAAAAGAAGGACACGCACUCGCCCAGAACAUCAUAUGGCGGAGAGAAGGCUACAACUUUUCGAAUGGGAACCACACUUUUCAAGGAGGGGAAUAUCCGAUUCAAAACGCGAGUAGGGAGGACGCGGGCAUGUAUUUUUGUUCCCUGGAAUCUGAGGGGGAGAUCAAGCUGGCUUCGAUUCAAGUUCAAAUCGAGUUUCCCCCUAAAAUCAUGUCUAUCGAUAAAGCCCUCAUUCGCACUGGUUGGGGCAAGGCCUUUGAAUUGUCUUGCGUGAUCAUUGGCGAGCCUUCACCAAAAAUCACGUGGUAUAAGGGAAAUGAAGUGGUCGAGCUUGAUGAUCGAGUCAAGGCCACCAAUGCGGGUUCCAAAUAUGUACUGAUCCUCGAGAAAGUGCACAACGACGACAUCGGUCGCUACAUGUGCUAUGCCACCAAUCAUUUAGGAUCUUCCCAACGAACCCUCGAAGUCCAUUUAGACGACAUUGAAACAGACAGGAUCGACUUGGAUAACGAGAAAAUCCCCCUCGACGAUGCUGAUCCAAAAAUGGACGCUUUUCAAGAUUCGUGGACCGAAGAGAAACUGAAAUUGGACCAACUUCGAUCCACAUUGAUGGACGAAAUCCAAACCAUGAGAAAUGUGUCCUUUCGAGUGGGUCAAACUCAGGAUCCGGACACAAUCGAUUUGUCAGUCUUUGCGGACUUGGAGCGACUCCAAGCCGAGAUAAGUCGAUUGCAGGAUUCGUAUCAGCAAGAUAUGAAGGUGCUUCGACAGUUUCGCUUGACCUCUAAAGAUGAGACUCAACGAGUUUGGGACAACAUCAACGAGCUCCAGGAGAUCACCAAUGUCACGUCCAAGAACGUCGAGGACAUCUAUGAGAAGGACAUCCUCCAAUUGCAGAACUUUCAAUCGUCCACUAAGAGUGAUUUGCAAAAUCUGAGGUCCAACGUCAACGAGUUGUCCCAAAAUGUCGAUUCCAAGUUGGGAUUGGUCAAAUCCUUGAGCUCCAACGAGGCCUUUCAGAAUCAGAUUCACGCUUUUAGCAAGGACUUGACCAUUGCUUCAAAUCAUUUGCAAAAGCUGGAAAGUUCAAAUAAAAUCAUGAAGGAGGAAAUACAAAGAAUAUUCGGUGAUGUGGACACAUUCAAGAAGUUUAAACAGGAAUCCGAAAGAGCCCAGGAAGUGUUUCAAAGAGAACUAAACCAGCUUGAAUCCGGGAAAAUAAUAGACUUAUUAAACCAGAUCAAACAAAAUGAUCGAAGCUUUGAAGAGCUCUUCGAUCAUCGGGACAAAGUUGAGCUGGCCAUUGAAAAGAUAACAAACAAAGGUGACCAAAAAUUUACUGCCAUCUUGACCGAGAUCCAAAAGUUGAAGGGUCAAAUGUACUAUCUCCAGCAAAGGUUGAUUCAGAGACGAUUGAAUCAAAAUAAUGGAUCUCGUAUCACCGAUGGAGAAUCCUCCAACGAUCCGAAUGUGAAUCUUCUAGCCCAAGAAUUAGCUAAACUGAGGAAAGAGAUGCAGAGUGGGCUCCAAAGAUGCGUCCAAGGCGAUAUGUUUGAAGAGCUGGUCAAAGAGAUGACCAACAAAGAGAUUCUAAUCCAAUCCCAACUCAACUCCCANGGUCAAAUGUACUAUCUCCAGCAAAGGUUGAUUCAGAGACGAUUGAAUCAAAAUAAUGGAUCUCGUAUCACCGAUGGAGAAUCCUCCAACGAUCCAAAUGUGAAUUUUCUAGCCCAAGAAUUAGCUAAACUGAGGAAAGAGAUGCAAAGUGGGCUCAAACGAUGCGUCCAAGGCGAUAUGUUUGAAGAGCUGGUCAAAGAGAUGACCAACAAAGAGAUUCUAAUCCAAUCCCAACUCAACUCCCAUGACGAUCGCAUUGAUUUCAUUCACGAAACCUCCAAUUCCCAAAGGCAAGAAUGGGAACAGGUCGAGGACAAAUGGGCCAAAUUAGACCAAAGAUUGGAUGUCAUCGAGGCCGAUGCGAAAAAAUACAACCUCAUUUUCCGGGGUCUUAAGCCCCGACAAAAGCUCGAAAGACCUUUCCACGUCGAGGAACUUGUUUCCGAAUACAUGACCUCCACAUUAGAUCUGGACAACGUGGCUUUUGACGAAGCAUCGAGAUUAACAAGAUCGAAGAUGAAUCCCAAACCUGUUUUAGUCAAAUUUCCCAAUAUUCGGGAGAAAAUCCGGGUCCUGAAUCGAAGUCGACGAUUCAGGAGUAGCGUCGAUAUUCAAGAAGAUUUUACGGACAAGGUCAAACUUCAUCGGCGAAGGUUGUCGGCCUUUGCUCGGAGAAGAGCUCGUGUUGUGCGCAAGAAGUGGGCUCUGAAAUAUGAUGAGCUGUACUUCAAUGGAAAGGUUUUCGUGUUCGACGACUUCUCCCAAAGGGUAGUUGCUAAAUCCAUAUUGGAUUCCAAUGGUCAAUAAAUAUUGUUGAUGAUUUUUA